AUGAACGCCAACAACAAUGCCGCCCAACCUGCAAAUCAACCUGCUAACCAAGCUGCGAAUCAACCCGCGAACCUCAACAACAUCUUUAAUAACCUUGGCGUCAACUUCCAGAGCCUCGUGGCUUCGACACUACGCCAAUACCCCCGUCGGAUGCCUGUCCAAAACCAAGGUUCUAUCGCCUAUCGUCGCUCGAGGUUCCCUUUCCCAUCGGUGACCGAUUUAGCCAACUGGGCGCUUGCGAAUGCCAUUAAGAGAGAACUCGUCGCCUUGCAGACCAGUGUCGUCGUCCUGCGUAGGACCGUCGACGUCGACGAAGAGACGUCAACUCAGGUCCAUGCAUCCCUCAAGCAAGCCGCAGAGAGUAUCUUGAAACUCGAAAGACUGCUCCAGAUCAUCCUCGAUGCCAUCCCCAUCGAAGCACGGCCAAACGCAGCGUCUGCGGUGAAGGCCCAGAAAGUUUUCGACGUCGCCGAGCUUUUGGAGAAGAUCCUGUUGAACUGUGAAUAUCAUGACUUCAUUUCUGCAAUGCAGGUCAAUCGGACCUUUGCGCAAGCCUUUCGACGUUCGGCGCGGAUCCAGCAGGUCAUGGGUUUGAGAGCAAUAACGGACGGGUCUCCAUUUUCGCCAGUGGCAAAUGCGUUUUUCGUAUCGCGCGGGUGUAUGAUCAGAUUGGAGGACCAUCAUCGAUACGGCCACCAGGUCCAGGAUAAUGAGGUUGUGGUGUCUGCUAUUUUCAACGGAUCCAGUCCGUUCGAGGAACACCCGCUGCCACGGAUCUCAGAGCGUUUUCGCGACACGUUGGUCUGCCAACCGCCUAUCAAGCAAAUGAGGGUACGAGCAGGCUGCUGUGAAGACCCGCUCUUCCGAAGACGAAACGCCAACAAUCUCCAACCACACCCACCAUCGCUAACCUCGCUAGCCGACCGCGACGAAGAGAUGCAGCAGCUCCAUUCCAUCGACUCAGAAACCGGCAUCACCUUGGGCCAAGUGCUCGACGAGACGAGAAGACUGCGCGACGAGCAUCGGUAUUGUCCGGAUGCGUAUCCCGGUCUCCAUCGCGAUGACGGCACGGUGGAUGUACACGUGCAUUUCGAGGCGAUCUUGCAAUUGCCACGGGAUGAUCCAGUUUUGUUGGCAAACAGGCGCGCAAAGGCGUCGUUUGACUUUGAGCAGAAGGACUUCGCGGCGAAAGAUCAGAAGAUCCAGCAGUAUAUCGCCGCGAAGCAGUCUGCUCGCGACAAUGGCGAACCGAUCCCAACGUUGCAGGAAUUCGAAGCGCGAUCUCUAGUUACCAACGUCGAAGACCACGAUGACGCGGAGGCUUCCAACGACGACCAGCUAGAACAGUAG